CAUGUAGUUUGUUAUCAAUAAUUAUCGAAUUGAGUACGGUAGUGUAGGAAAUAUCCAUGGAAUGAAUACUUCCACAGAUACGAAAAUGACUUCCGAAAAUAGCAUACCCCUCAUCCAGCCUAUCCCCAUCCUCUUAGGUGGCUUGACCGCUCUUGCCUGCGUCUUCGUUGGUACUUGGUGGUUGUACCGAAAGAAAACAGAUCGCAGGACUAGCACAACGAGAAACGACGACGACGACGACGACGACACAUGCGAAUAUCCGCCCACUCCAGGUGAUAGACACUGGCUGUGGGGACAUGCCCUGAGCCUGCAACCCUCGUUACUAGGGCUUCCUGACAAUAUCUCUCACGACGUUCUCUUUUUGGCGUGGAUGAAAAAGUUGAAAAGCAAAACUGUAAUGUUCGACCUUCCUAUAGGCCGAAUGAUCGUCGUUGGGGACGCAGCAGUUGCGAAACAUGUACUGCAAUCGAAAACAAAAAGUGCAUUUCCAAAGUCUCCUAGUUACAAGAGUGUCCAUCCGGUUGUCGGAAGCACAAGCAUUGUGGUACUGGAAGGAAAGGAAUGGCAAACCCAACGUCGGCUUUAUAAUCCAGGAUUUUCACCAGACUAUCUCAAGAGCACAGUGUCCAUCAUCGCACAGAAAUGCGAUCGAUUUUUGACGGCCUGUGACGAAGAGGAUAUCGACAAGGACUUGCCGACAAAUUUGCUGGAUCGGUCCGUCGAUUUGACUUCCGACGUCAUUGCACAGGUGGCAUUCGGAGAAGAUUGGGGAUACUUUUCGGGCGACGAAGGCACCAACGAAGACAAAAACACAAACAUCCAGAUGAGGAAGGACGGUCUUGAAACUUUAAUCAACUUUCGAGAACUAACCCUGUACAUUGGCAAAAAUCAAAAGCAAUUUUUCCAACGGAUGUUCAAUGUUCUCAGGAUGUAUAGGAGUUGGCGUUUGUCCGUAUCAAUCGAUCGAGCUUUUGAACGCCUCGUGCGAAGGCGUCUCGAUAGUGUUCGUCGUUCCGGAAACAUCCAACCAACGAAUCAAAAGGAUAUUCUUUCUUUGACGUUGUCAAGCUUCCUCCAAGAGUCAAAAAACAAUUCUUUUUCCAUUAGCUCGGAUCACAUCAAAAGUAUGACGCAUCAGCUCAAAACCUUUUACUUUGCAGGACACGAUACAACCGCAACGACGAUUUCUUGGGCGUUCUGGCUUCUUGCGCAGCACCCAGAAAAAAUGGAAAAAGCCAGGCAGGAAGUCCGCGACAUCAUUGGGCUAGAGUGGACAGAAAAUGUCAUCAAGAAUGGAAAAAACUUGGAGCAUAAUUUGACGUACGAAAAACUACAACAAUGUCAAUAUCUUGAAUGCAUUGCACGCGAGAGCCUCCGCCUCUAUCCUCCAGCUGCAACUACGCGGUAUGCGAUUGAUCCCGACUCGCGGUUUGGGAAUCUCCAGUUAGGUGCGAGCAUGAUUCAUUUGAAUGUCUAUGCCAUUCAGCGAGAUCCGGAUGUCUGGGGUCCAGAUGCAAACGAUUUCGUACCAGAACGGUUUUUGGGAGACGAGGGUCGAAAUCUUAUUUCAUCGCAUUCGUACCUUCCAUUCAGCAAGGGAUCUCGGGAUUGUAUUGGGAAAUAUUUUGCCUUGUUGGAAGCAAAAAUUGCAAUAGCUGCUCUUGUUACCAGAUACGAUGGAGUACCGUUGGAUAAAGAAAAUGAGGUUUAUAUGGCAAGGAUAACAUCCCUUCCAGAGAAUGGAUGCAAAAUGAAACUGUCUCGCCGAGUUCUUUGAUAUCUUUGACGAUGCUAUUCAAUAUUUGUACUUUAUUCUUAUCGUAAUGUAAUUCUUUCUCAUACCCCCUAGUUUUGCAGCGUUCGCUUUCUAUGGGUGCAAAUAGAUUUCAUUGUUCAUG